CAUUCUUCUCAAUUCGGACCCAAAGGAGAAGAGCAAGAAAGGUAGCUCUGAGAGCAAUACGGGAUCCGGAGGAACAACAGAUAACAGCGGCAUCCGACGUUACCGCACAGCCUUCUCCAGGGAGCAACUGGCUCGCUUAGAGAAAGAGUUCUGCAGGGAGAACUAUGUGUCUCGUCCACGACGCUGUGAGCUGGCAGCCUUGCUAGAUCUUCCGGAGAGUACAAUAAAGGUUUGGUUCCAGAACCGACGGAUGAAGGACAAAAGACAGCGCAUGGCCCUAGCUUGGCCAUACGCAGACCCGCACUUUGCCGCUUAUAUGCUGAACGCCGCUGCCGCCGCCGCUGCCACAGGCGGCUACCCGUACCCUCUGCCGGCCAGUUCACUACCUUUCUCCUAUUAUUCCGCCUUGUCUUCCAUGGGCGGCCAUCGCUACCAUGGUUACGGAGUACCCUCCACGACCGCGGGACGACCUCCAUCGCCCACAGUCCUUCCUCCAACGUCCUACCUUCGAAGCCAUUCCAUGGAGCCUGCCGGUACUCCACUGACGUGCAACAGCCCGCCCGUUCAGGCAUGUACCGGGCCAGAAUCAUGCCGCUGUACCUUUCUUGGCUACAACCCCACGACUGAAACUCCAGUCGCCCACCAAUCACAUCCGCACUCUCGGACACCUCCUCAAAUGUCUCCAGAAACGGCUCCCGGCCACACGAAAACGCCUGCAACGACAGAGACGCCAAAGCCUAACCUAUUUCGACCUUUCAAGACAGACUCCGAGAAAGUGUGACGUCAAGCUUCAAAAGUCCGUGCAUGAAUGAACGCUUACUGUAUCAACAGUGGUACUCUUAUCGUGGACCGUCUAAACGCAAUGGGGAGUGCUACGAUUACUGAAUUUCUGCGUAGCUCACUUACUAUUCGAAAUAGAAAUUUACUCUUAGAAACAAAAUCCCAAUGAGACUGAUUGCUGCGCGUAUACAAGAUAUGCCAUGCACUCACAUUCGUUGUGUAAGAAACAGGAAGAAAUGAAACAGUGCAAAGGAGAGCUUUGCAAGGAAACAGCGUACGAAACGAGUGGAAAAAAAAAGUACACACUGUAUUUAUUCUCGUUCCCGUGCACGCACUGUAUUUCCACCGUUCCCCACCGCGUUUAUGACAAGAGUUGUUCCGCCAAAGAGUUGUUCCUGAUAUCGAAGAGAAUUGAGCGGCCUUUCAUAUUCAGGCCCCACAGACGACGUUUUGAACAAUACUCAUGACAAUAAUUAAUUGAAGUAGUUCACAAUAGUGAAAUAGUCAGUUGAAACCGUACGGCUCCUAAAGAUGUCCGUAAACGCGAGAAGACGUUGCAGUGAUUCCCUUUCCGGCCAUCGGGCUUAUCAGUACUUUACACCCUGUAUUUAUUCAGACCACUCGAUCCCAUCAACAUUUCCACUGCGUAUAGCUUAUCUAUAUCCUGUACAU